CCGGGAUUCCACUUCAUUCUUCGGCCACCUUUGUUCAACUUUACAACGUUGCUUGCCUGCCUCAGUUUUCUUUCAAGUUUACCAACCGCUUCUUUCGCAGGUACGUUGUUCUUUCAGGUUUGUGUAAAGCCCACAAAGAGACGCGCAUACAACGGUUUUGCCUGUUGGCAUUUCUUGGAAGUUGUCAGUCCAUCUUGACCAGGCAGACGAAUAUUCAAAAGUUUGGAUAGAGAGACAUGAGUGAGUCACAGGUCAUAUUUGAGACCCAAGAGUAGUAUAUAGAAGCUAGACUCUCCUGCAUUGGAUUCUGUCCGAAAGCUGUCCAUUUUCAACACGACAACUUUCAUCUGGCCAAUUUCAAAACCUCACAAAGUUAUUCUGACAACAACACGCAACCUCCUAUCAAAUACCAAUACAACACCUUCAAAAUGAGUGGGCCGCACACAGCCUUCUUCUAUGGCACUCUGAUGGAGCCCAAAGUCUUCUUCACAGUUGUCCAAGGCAACGGCAACCCGCCCCAGGCAAUCAAGGACCUCUACACAUUCACCCCCGCCCUCCUGCACGACCACACCCGCCACCGGGUCCAGCUCGCCGACUACCCGGGCAUGAUUCCCGAAGCCGGCGGCUCCGUUCUCGGCAUCUACGCGACGGGCCUCACGGACGCUAACGUCCUCAAGCUCGACUUUUUCGAGGGCUCAGAGUACGAGAAGAAGAUGGUCACCGUCAAGGUCCGUAGCGGCGACGGUGCCAGUGCUGGUGCCGGUGGUGGUACGGAGCAGAAGGAAGAGGACAAGCAGGCCAUGGCUUACAUCUACAAGCGCCCGGAGAACCUGGAGCGUGUGGAGUGGUCGUUCGAGGAGUUCCGCAAGGACAAGAUGCACGUCUGGACGCGCGAGAGCUACGUCUUUGAAGGUGAGACCAGCGACUCAUCCCGGCUUCGAUCUGUCCAUGGGGGGCGGGCUGGCUCGGCUGGCCUAGGGGAGGGCUCAGUUCCGACGUGUUGGACUACUCUUUCCGCUAACAUUGGUAAAAUCACAUCCAGGCUGCGACGAUUAUGCAGAGUUUGAGAAGGCCGAGAAGGAAGAUGCAAACGGUCACGAGGAGAAGAAGGAUGAUGUUGCCAAGUAGAGCGGUUGCUUAGCCCCAGGACUUGGGUCAGCAUACUUCUGUUUUUUUCUUGCUCUUCUUCUACGCAUGGCGGCAAACGGCAUUAUUUGAUGGGCUCUCACGACAGGCAGGCAGCCGACGCAGGUCUGCAACUGGGCCGAUAGGGCGGUGUGAAGUGGACAUGUCAGCGCCGGCUCACGGCAUUGGAGAGAGUUGAGCCGCCGCCGCCCACACAUGGCAGACGGGCAAUCACGAUGUGACGGAUAGAUGAAACCAGGACGCGAUAUCAGCAAAUAGAGAAGACGACGUCUAGCU